ACCUCCAAAAUCUAUUCUCAAGCCGAGAUAACCUUCAAGUGAUUUUGUCAAUCUUGAUGAUAACAAGGUGUUUUUUUUAUCAAUUCUGUAUAAUUUAGUUCAGCAAUUGUUUAGGUUGGCUUCUCUUGUUUAACAGCUAUCAUGAAUUCCCUUAAUAAGUUAUCAGUUUAUAGUAAAUUAGUGCCGAAAAAUGCCAGGGUGAUAUCUACAAGUGCACUAUUAAACACUGACGAUGGAUGGUUUUCGAAAUUACUAGUUCGAAGAAUCGAACCGACAAAAGAGUCACACAGUCGAAUGCUUAGUGACAAGGAAGUAAUUUAUGCUCUUCAUACACACAACAUAAGACCGGAUUCAGUGGACAACUAUUUAAAAAAUUACAAGCAGCAUGUAGAUCUAAUACAUUCACACAAAGCAGAACUUGGUUGUGAGCUUGUAGGAUCAUGGACAGUAUCAGUUGGAGAUAUGGACCAAGCUCUGCAUUUAUUCAAAUAUGUUGGUGGAUUUGAAAAAAUUGACAAGGCCAAACAAUUGUUUAAACAAGAUUCUAGUUACCAAUUGCUAGAAAGUGAGAGAGGCAAAAUGGUCAGGUCCAGACAUCUCCAAUACUUGCUAGCUUUCAGCUUUUGGCCAGCUGGAGAAGCACGGUCUCCCAACAACAUCUACGAAAUACGAUCAUACAGUUUAAAACCUGGAACUAUGAUUGAGUGGGGUAACAAUUGGGCGCGUGGCCUUACUUACCGACGCGCGCAAAACGAGGCGUUUGCGGGCUAUUUCUCACAAAUUGGCCGAUUAUACAAUGUUCAUCAUAUUUGGUGCUAUAAAGAUUUGCAAGCUCGUCGUGAAACUAGAGAGAGUACAUGGCGUAAUCCAGGCUGGGAUGAGUGUGUCGCGUACACGGUGCCACUGAUCAGAGAGAUGCACUGUCGUAUUUUAGAACCCACUGAAUUCUCUCCUACGCAAUAAUCGAAUCGACGGUAGUGCGGCUCCCAGAUUGUAAGUCUCCCCCUUAACUGAGACGGAGCACUUGCGGUGCUGCAAGAUGGUGUCAUUUCUGGCUCUAAAAAUACUAUUUCAAUAUAUUUUUAAUGUUUAACUUGUAAGUAAUGAGAUGGCAAGGAUACAUUAGCAGUUACUGCAAUAGUCCAAAAAUGAAAAUAUAUUUUUAAUGCAAUAUCAAAUGUCGUCCAUCCUGUUACCCGCAACUAUCUCAAGAAACGUCUCAAUUAAAGGGUUGAUUUACUCAUACAAUAGAUUAAUAAAUCUUGAAAAGUCUUAGUUACUAAUCAAACGGUCUGAGACCAUGGUUCUUGAUGACUAUUUCUCGUCGUGAAUCGUGAUAUGACUUAAAGAAGAAAAAAAUCUACGAAAUCCUUGAAUUAUUUUAUUUUUUCAUUAAUUCGAUAAGGGUAUAUAAUACAAUAACGAAUACGAAAACGUCAACAAAAUAUCUAAAAGAAAUUAUCUCGAUAAAACUUCUAAUAAAUCUUAUUCUGUAAUUAAUUGUAUGUACGCUAUUAUAUAUAAGUUCAAAUAUCGUAAUAAGAUUUCAAACUGCAACUAUGAAUUAAGCACAAGUAUGGCAUGUUGUUUUAAAUAAACAAAUAUACUUUGAAACUGAAAUCAACUUUUCUAGUUUAGUUUUUUUUUUAUUACAGCAUUUAUUAAAUCGUUUCAAUCUUAAUAUUUAGUAUUUUUACACCAAUAGAAUAAACUAUGAUUUAACUAAGUUUUUUUUUAAAUAUAAUAAUAUUGUAUAUUCGACACUGUUGGUAAAUAGA